AGGAUCACAUGUGGAAUGGAUACAACAUUCGAAUAUUUGGAAUGUUGACAAAUUCCAAUUUCGAAAUUUAUCACAAAAAAUGACAACUAAAAAACGUAAAUUAUCAUCUUCAACCAAAUCUGUUGUUAAUACUCUUGAUUUGUUCAAUAAUAAUGGAUUGGAAUUAGAUUCUGAUCUUGAUAAUUCUUAUCAGUAUGGUUAUAUUGAUAUAGAAAUAAUUAAUGAUAAUGAAUCUAAAGAUUCUAUGGACAAUAUGCUUGCUAUUGGAUCAUUGUGUUUUGAUGUACAAGAUAGUUGGGAAAAAACGACCGAUUAUGAUUACAAUCUUACAUAUAAUCAUCUAAUAUUAACUGCUAGUAAUCGUUAUUAUCUUCAUGAAUCAAUUUGUUCCAAACAAAUAUUACAUCGAUUGACAACCAACCUGGAUUUGAAUUUGCCCAAUGAUUUCUAUCGAAAUUUUACCCGAAACAUGGCUAAAGGUCGUCGAUUUUGUAAAGCGAAAGCGAUCCGUCAUUCAAAUGCUAAUCUUGUGAUUGAUUGGUAUUUAUCAUCAAGCAUUGUAUUUAUCGAUAUGGUAACAUUUAAAAUUGCCAUGACGACAACCAAAAAUGAUUUGACGUUGUUAUUGAUGGCAUUCAUUCAUGGCAAUCGGUUAUUCGAAACUAAUCAAUCUCAUGAAUUUCGUAACAAUACCGAGAUCGAAAAUUUUUAUCAAACCAUUGCUCAGAAACAAAAGAAUGACCCCGGUUAUUUUAAUGAAUUCGAAACGAUUGUUAUUGAUUAUCAAAAUUUACGACCAAAAUUAUGGCGACAUCAACAAAUGGCUCUUAAAUGGAUGUUAAUGCGCGAAACAUCUAAAGAAAAUACCAAUGUUGAUCUAGGCAAACAAUUUGAAAAAAUUCCCAAUAUAAAAUAUAUUGAUGAGAAUUUGUAUUUUCAUUCAAGCCUUGGUCAUUUUCUUACCGAAAAAGUAUAUCAUGAAUAUAUUGAACAUCUGAAACAAUUACCAACCAAAGGUGGUAUAUUAGCAGAUGAAAUGGGUCUAGGCAAAACAGUCGAUGUAAUCGGUUUAAUAUUGAAUAAUCCAAAGCCAACAACCACGAGCCAGGAAAAUAUAAAUUUCAUAUUGACCGAACAGAAUCUAUUUCAACUAUCAAAUAAUCCAUUAGCCGGUGAAAUACGUUGUCAUUGUGGUAUGAUCGAUCAUAAUUCAAUUAUCCAAAUGAAUGCUAUCAAUUUGGAACAAUUACGUCAACAAUGUCUUCGACAACAAUAUCAUUUGGUUGAUAAUCUAAUUCAAUGUCUAAUGUGUGGUCAUUUUCAACAUCUUGAAUGUAGUAGCUAUUCAAUUGAACAAUCACAAAAAUUUGGUUAUAUUUGUAGCCAUUGUUGGCCACAAAUGGAUCUAAUCGAUUCACCGGCUACAUUAAUUGUCUGUCCUACAUCAAUUUUAAGUCAAUGGAUACAAGAAUUAAAUCUACAUAUUGAUGAACCGAAUGUAAAAAUAUUCAAAUAUAAUGGUGUCAAAUGUAGAGAUUAUAAAUUUCCACCUGAAUUGGCCGGUAAUGAUAUUGUCAUUACAACAUAUGAAAUUCUAAAAUCCGAAUUAGAUUUUGUCGCUGCUCAUGAUUAUAGCCAUUUACGUAAUAGUCGUCGUUAUUAUACACCGGUAUCACCAUUAUGUUCGAUACGUUGGUGGCGUUUGAUAUUUGAUGAAGCACAACUUGUAGAAGGCCGUACAACUCGAAUAUUUCGUAUGGCUAAAUCAUUACAUUCGAUACAUCGAUGGACUGUGACUGGUACACCUAUUCAACGAAAUAUUGAAGAUUUGUUUGGUCUUAUAAAUUUCAUUGGCGAACGACCAUAUAAUGAAGAAAAUGUUUGGAAGAAUCACCUUUACAAUCCUUUUUGUAAUGGUGAGCAGGAUCAUUUAAUUAACGUUAUGACUCGAUGUUUUUGGCGUGCAUCGAAAGCAUCAGUUUUUGAUGAAAUUCGUAUAUCAAAACCGAUUACCAUAAUGGAACAUUGUGAUCUAUCACAGAUAGAACGUGAUUUUUACCUACAAGAGGCAUCAAAUUGUCAACAAUCAAUGAUGACCAAAUUAAUAACAACACCCAGUGAAAUGAAAAUUUCACAUCUUAGCAGUACGGUACAAUCGGUCAUAUUUACAUUGGCAUUGCGGCUACGACAGAUUUGCUGUCAUCCACAAAUGUGUUUGAAAGUAAAACUUGGUGAUUAUUGUUCACUACAGGAUGUCCUCGAUAAGAUGAUUGACGAUGCUAAAUAUGAUUGUGAAAAAUGUCAUAGAGAAAAAAUUGCAUCAAUUAAUGGAAUGGCUGCAUGCUAUCUGCUACAGAAUGAUUUUAAAACGGCCAUCCAUAUGUACAAAGAAGCUCUUACAUCUAUAAACAAUGUUGGUGAUGAUAUUCGUACGGAUAAAACACAAAAAUAUCAUAUUUACUAUAAUCUUGCUCAAAUACUUGAGUUUGUUGGAUGCACACAAGUCGAUGUCAAUGAACAGCCAAUGGACCCAUUCAAUGGAUCUCAAUCUAUUUUGAUGCCAGGAGAUUCUAAGCCUUGUUUGCCAUCAGAUGGCGAAUUGCCCAUCGAACCAGAUGAUCGAUAUCUUCGAUUGAAAGCUAAACAAUUGUAUCAGGACUAUCUUAAUACAGCUCGGCUUUCAUUGCUAACAGCGGAUCGAUAUCGACGGGAAUUGAUAAAAAAAUGUGAUCAAAUCAAUGAGAAAUUCACUUUAAAAGGCUGGUGGCUAGUUCAUGCCUUAAAAGAACUUUCUAAAGUGAUGAAUGUAGACGAAAUAAUACUCACUUUAUUGGAAAUCCUCGGUGAUAGCCGUCAACUAAUUGAUCCGAUUGGACCAAGAUCAAUAGAAUCAAUACGAUGGAAAUUAUGUGAAUAUCUAAAUUCAUUCGAAGAAGUUCGUCAACAGAUUCGUGAUGCAUUCGUUCAAUUGGAUCAUGAAUCAUUAAGUGGUAAUCCGGAUCGAUAUAUAGAUUGUCAUAUUAGACCACCAGAACAAUCCGUGCCGGAAAGACCAGAACGAUGUCAUCUAUGUAAAACAGAAAGUGUGAUAAAAAAUUUCGAAAAAAUCAUUUUUCAAUUCAACAAAUCCAUAUCAAUCAAUGUUGAGAAUGAAGAGGAAAAUGAAGCUGAUAAUUGGAAUGAAAAUUUAUGUUUAGUUGCAAUACGUAAAUUGGGCGUUUGGUUUAAAAGUCGAACUGUCGGUUCGGCAAUAGAUUAUGAUGUUACAGUGGCCGAUAUUGACAAUUUUAAUCAAUAUAUUGAUGAAUGUAAAAAAGAAUAUAAAGCACAUCGAAAAUGUUGGCGAGAAUCAUGCGAACUUGUAUUACGAAUCGAUGAAUUGAAUCAAGCUCAAACUCGUUAUGAACAUGGUGUCGAUUCAUUAUCAUUGUUUCAUCGUGAUUCAUCAGCUAAAGAAAUGGCUGAAGAAAAACUUCGUACAAAUCAACAACGGCUAAAAUAUCUGAACAAUUUGAAAAGUACAUUAAAAGAUAAGGAUAAUAUUGAUAGUAAAGUAUGUUCAGUUUGUUGGUUAGAUCUUAUCCGAUAUUCAGUACUAACAUGUGGACAUCUGUUAUGUAUUGAAUGUAUGAGAAAUAUUAGUAAACAUUCGGAAACAUCAUCUAGAUGUCCAGUUUGUCGAUCACCAUUUGAUCAUCUAAAAAUUUGUUUUGUCGAUUCAAAUUUAUUAAUCAAUAAAUCAUCAAUGAUGGUUGAAGGAAAUUGGUCAUCGAAAAUAGUGGCCAUUAUUCGUCGUGUCAAACAAAUUCAACAAGAAUCUAAUGAUGAAAAAAUAUUAAUUUUUUCCACAUGGUUACGAAUGUUACAAUUGUUGGAAAAAGCAUUACAAAUGAAUCAUGUUGAAUCUAUAUUGAUUUCCGGAUCAGGUGAUGAUAAAUUUGCCAUCAAAAUUGAUCGAUUUCGAAAAUCUGAUUCAUGUCGUGUAUUAUUAUUGCCUACUCGAUUUGCAUGCAAAGGUCUUAAUCUUACCGAAGCAUCUCGAAUAGUGUUUGUCAAUCCUAUACUGAACAAACGAGAUGAGCUACAAGCAAUUGGUCGUAUCAAUCGAAUCGGUCAAACAAGGCAAACCUAUGUACAUAAAUUUAUCAUCAAAGAUAGUAUCGAAGAAUUGAUUGAAAAUUAUAACAAAGAAUGUAAUUAUCGUACGAAUUGUACAAAUGGUGAAUUUACCGAUCUAACUGUUGGAGAAUUUUGUGCUCUAUUCAAUGUCUAUAAAGCUUAAUCUCUUUUUUUUUUUGGUGAUUAGUUAUGAUUAAAUAGAUCUUUUAAGUUGUUUAA